AGUUGUAGCUCGCGACAGCAAUAUUUUUCAAAAUAGCGCAAGGUUACAAAAAUCUCAUAAGUAGCACAACAUGUUUUGAAAUCGUCUCAUUCAAAGUCAGAUCUUUUUAUUUCCCGUAUCGUGUAAAAAUAGAAAAUGUAUAUUUUAUUUUCAUAUAUUGUUAUCAUGCUAUGUACGAUGGCUUCUAUCAGCGGUAAAACCGUGUUUGAUCAACUAUUUCAAAGUGAACCGAGAGGCGGGUAUUAUUAUCCAGCAGCAUAUCAAGGUGGGUCAUAUCAAGGCUAUUACGACCAACGUUAUGGACAGCCUCAAAGAUCGAGACCCAGAUCACAUGAGCAUCAGCGUUCCUAUAAGGACAUUUGCCGCAUGGUUAACACGAAUGGUUUCACAAAUCCCAGCGGUGUUCCUCGAUGUCCCUAUUAGCAUAAUCUAACAACAUUUGUAAUUAUUAAAAAAA